GGGGAGCUGCGUGGGGGCGGCGGGGCCGUGGGCUGGCGGACACCCCGCUCCCGUGUCCCUUUCCGCCCCGCAGGCACCGACCCCGUGUCCAAGUGGUGGGCGUCCGUCAUCGGCGCCGUUAUCCACUGGCUGCAGGGAGACGAGGAGGGGGCCGAGCGCCUCUACCCGCUGGUGGAGACCAUGCCCAGGGUGCUGCAGGGCUCUGAGAAGCCCCUUCCCCGCGCCGCGCUGCACUCCUUCAAGGCCGUCCGGGCCAUGCUGAGCAAGCAGGACGGGAGCCAGGCCAGCCUGAACCACUGCGAGAAGGCCAGCAGCUGCCUGCGGGAGAGCCUGGAGCUCAGCAACCCCCCCAAGUGCACCAUCGACAAGGCGGUGCAGCUCCUGCUGUGCGACCUGCUCCUCGUCACCCGCACCAACCUGUGGCAGCAGCAGAUGAGCGCCAGCCAGCAGCUCCGCGGCGCCUACCAGGCGUCCGCCCUGGAGCUCCGCGGCUUCCAGCAGGACCUCAGCAGCCUGCGGCGCCUGGCCCAGACCCUCCGGCCCGCCAUGCGCAGGGUGUUCCUGCACGAAGCCACCGCCAGGCUGAUGGCUCGCGCCAGCCCCACGCGGACCCACCAGCUGCUGGACCGCAGCCUGCGGAGGAGAGGGGUGCAGGGCAGCAAAACAGCUGGCGAGCCCGAGAGCCACCCCACGCCGCGGGAGCACGCCGAAGCCCUGCUGCUCGCCUGCUGCUACCUGCCCCCCAGCUUCCUCUCGGCCCCCGGGCAGCGCGUGGGGAUGCUGGCCGAGGCCGCGCGCACGCUGGAGAAGCUGGGCGACCGCCGCACGCUGCACGACUGCCAGCAGAUGAUCAUCAAGCUGGGCAGCGGCACCACCGUCACCUCGGGAUAGCUGGGGACGGGGUGCCGGGGGGUUGGGGGGUCACCCCAAAGCCCUCGCCCCCCAGCUAGGAGACCCCGCUGCAGGACGGGGCUCAGGGUUUGGAGGCGCCGGGGAGGAGGAGCGGCAGGCAGGGUGCUGUCCCGCGUCACCGUCCCCAGUGGGUGCUCCCCGCGUGUCCCCAGGACGUGGGGACAUCUAGUGACACUGUCACAGUAUUGCAUGGCACUGGGGGUGCUCCGCCACCCUCCUCCCGGUGCCUGUCACCCCCCCGCAGCCCCCCGGCACAGGGCUGGUGCCCGUCCUCGCCCCUGUCCCCUGCGCGUCCCUGCCCGUCCCCCCCUCAGCGGUCCCCAAGCCCCGG